AUGGUUAAGAAGAGGAUGAAGAAGAAUGCGAAAAGUAAUACAAUCUUGGAGAAGAAACUUGAAGAAAUUGAGUGUCUUCUAAAAGAAUUAAGUGUCGGCGAUGGUGAUCUUAAUGCUUACCGGAAAAUCCAACACCGGUUUAUCUUCACGAAGACUCUUUUAAGUGCGGAGAUAUCGUCGGUUGAGGACGAUGAAGAGGAAGAGUUAAAACUUGCAUGCAUGGCUAAGAGGUUAACCGAACUUGAAGAGGCUUUUGACAACCAACUGACCGGUCCAAUCAACGAAAGCGGCGGUGUUGUUGUCAAUGUUGAUGAAACCGGUUCGGUUUUCUCGUUUGUGGAAUCGUUACCGGGAGAAUUCCAAGAUGCGUCACUGGAGAAGACGGUUGAGGAUGCAGUGGCGGGGAGAAAAACCGGUGAGAACAACAAGAAGAAGAACCGGUUUAGGGGUUUGGUUAGGUUUGGUAUAGUUGGUUUUGUUGCUGGUGUGGUAAGUUACUUUGGUUAUUUUUGUGAUCAAAUGAAUAACGAGGAUACUAUUUUCCCCACUGCUACUUAA